CUAGGGCGACGAGGGAGGGCAGCCCUCCGGGGUAGGGUGGUGUUAAGUCUUCCCCAUACUGUGUGCAGAUGGUGUCUGGUACCAACGUGUAUGGCAUCCUGCGGGCCCCGCGCGCUGCCAGCACCGAGUCCCUGGUGCUCACCGUCCCCUGUGGCCCGGACUCUACCAACAGCCAGGCUGUGGGACUGUUGCUGGCCCUUGCUGCUCACUUUCGGGGGCAGAUUUACUGGGCCAAAGACAUCAUUUUCCUGGUGACAGAACAAGACCUUCUGGGCACGGAGGCUUGGCUGGAGGCCUACCAUGACGUCAACGUCACCGGCAUGCAGUCAUCCCCUCUGCAGGGCCGGGCAGGGGCCAUCCAGGCAGCCGUGGCUCUGGAGCUGAGCAGUGACGUGGUCACUAGCCUCGAUGUGGCUGUGGAGGGGCUCAACGGGCAGCUGCCCAACCUCGAUCUACUCAACCUCUUCCAGACUUUCUGUCAGAAAGGGGGGCUGCUGUGUACGCUGCAGGGCAAGCUGCAGCCCCAGGACUGGACAUCCGUCGACAGGCCGCUGCAGGGUCUGCAGACCUUGCUGCUCAUGGUUCUGCAGCAGGCCUCUGGCCGCCCCCAUGGCCCUCAUGGCCUCUUCCUGCGCUACCGUGUGGAGGCCCUGACCAUCCGUGGCAUUAACAGCUUCCGACAAUAUAAGUAUGACUUGGUGGCAGUGGGCAAGGCCCUGGAGGGCGUGUUCCGUAAGCUCAACCACCUCCUGGAGCGCCUGCACCAGUCCUUCUUCUUCUACCUGCUCCCGGCGCUGUCCCGCUUCGUGUCCAUCGGCCUCUACAUGCCCGCUGCCGGCUUUCUGCUCUUGGUCCUUGGUCUCAAAGCUCUGGAGCUGUGGAUGCAAUUGCAUGAGGCCGGAGUGGGCCCCGAGGAGCUUGGGGGGGCCUCUGGACCUAGCCCUCCCGUCCUGCCAGCACAGGUGAUGGUCCCCCAACUCUUGCUGUUGGGACGGGAUUCCAGGCGGUCGUCCCUGCGGCAGCUCAGUUUCGAUUGGUGGGGUGGUGGUGAGGAUCCUUGGGGCUCCCUUGGCCCCAGGACCCAUCUCCCAUUGUCUAUGUACCGUGCAGAGUAUCGGGCUGGCCUCGCUUGUGGCGCCCUUGCUGAUCUCACAGGUCAUGGGUCUGGCCCUCUACAUCUUGCCAGUGCUGGGCCAACACGUGGCUACCCAGCACUUCCCUGUAGCCGAGGCCGAGGCCGUGGUGCUGACCCUGCUGGCCAUCUACGCGGCAGGCCUAGCCCUUCCACACAGCACCCAGCGGGUGGUGAGCGCACGGGCCCCAGACAGAGGCUGGAUGGCACUGAAGCUGGUGGCCCUCAUCUACCUGGCACUCCAAUUGGCCUGCAUCACCCUCACCAACUUCUCGCUGGGCUUCCUGCUGGCGGCAACCAUGGCGCCUGCUGCCGCGCUCACCACGCCCUUCGGGCCCCGGCCCCUCUACGCUGCCCUGCUGGUGCUGACGAGCCCAGCAGCCACGCUCCUGGGCAGCUUGUUCCUGUGGCGGGAGCUGCAGGAGGCCCCGCUGUCCCUGGCCGAGGGCUGGCAGCUCUUCCUGGCGGCUCUGGCCCAGGGUGUGCUGGAGCACCACACCUACGGUGCCCUGCUCUUCCCGUUCUUGGCUCUGGGCCUCUACCCCUGCUGGCUGCUCUUCUGGAACUUGCUUUUCUGGAAGUGACGUGCGGCUCACAGCUCUGCAGCGUCAGGACUCGGGUGUUCCAACCAACACACAAGGGGCUGUCGCCGAACCCAGCUCACAAGAGGACGGGGACUCAGCCGCCAGCUGUCGCGCCCAGAGUCGGGCUUAAUCAUGCGCGCUCCUUCCUUGCUUGUUCCCACGACCCAGAACCGAAGCACCGUGGGGGGCGGUGAAGCUGUCCUACUCCCUGCCGCUUCUCCAGCUCAGAGCCAGACACCCGGGAGAAUACUCAUCUGCAUUUGUUGAAUGAGAGGGAAAAAAGAGGGAGAGCCUCUGGAGGUCCCAAGGAAGCUCCAGGGGGCAGACGUGACAGCUCCUGAAGGGGCCUGGAGGGUCACCUAUGGCUUAGGGUGUGGGGUGAGCACAGGAAGGUGAGGGUAGCGGCCCCCCCGCCAGCCAGGCCACCCUUCACCUACCUCCCAAUGCCCAGCAGCCUCCGCACGAGCAGGCCCACUGUGGACGCCCUACUUGGCCUUGGGGUGCUCCUAGCAACUCACCUGCCUGUCCCAGGUUUCCUGAGCUUUUGCGAAUCGUUUGCCUGGUCGCCCCUCCCCGCCUGAGGUUCCGGUGUGGGCAGCUCAGGGCACCGUUGUCCAAGAACGGGGCCUGCAGGCCCCAGCUGCCUUCACGCCCACACUCAGGCCCUGUCACCCGCCCAGGCCCCUCUUCUGAGGCCCCAGUGUGUCUCCUGUGCCUCCUGGAUGCUGUGAUGGUCGUCUCUAAGUCACAGUCUCCCAACCUGAGCACUUCCCACCCGACGGACCGUCUUCCCGAGCAAGUGCACGCAACCCUGGGCCACCGCGCAACUGCCUCUCCUCAGGGGGCCCAUCACUCUCGGGACAGAGCCCGAGUCCUCGCCGUGGUCGCCAGGGGCUGUGUUGUUCCAGAGCACGCUUUCUCAGCCCCGGGAGCAGCCUGUACCUGCGCCGCCUCCCCGUCCAGCCCCAGACACCGUCAACCUUCGUUCCAGCUCCAGACUCAGACCUGAAUAGGAGCGGGGUCGUGCGUCUGUGGUCUCUCGUCCGGCUCUUCACCCAGCGCUACGCCUUCAGGGUUCAUCCGUGUCGUGCUGUGUCACAACUUCCCUCAUGGCUGAGGAACAUGCCACGUUCUGUUCAUCUGCCCGACGGCUCAGGGACUGGACGUUUCGGUGGUUUGCUCUUUGAUGGUCAUUGUGGGAGAUGCACCAACCACGGCUCGGGGACAAGCGUCGGUGCGAGCGCGUUUGCUCUCCGGGCACAGCGAGAGGAGAGCGGGGCCCCACGGUCCCUGGUGGUGCUGCUGGGACGCAGCUUGCGUGUUUCCAUCUGCUUCGUCUUCCUUUUCAUUCACCUCAAGUCAUUUUCUAAUUUUCUUCUUUGACUAGUUGGUUAUUUAGGAAUAUGGUAUUUAAUUUUCACGUAUUUGUGAAUUUCCCAGAUUUCUUUCUGUUAUUUUUAAUUUAUAUUGUCAAAAAGCGUACUUCGUGUGGUAUUAGCAGCUUUAAAUGUGUGGAGACUUGUUUGAUCGAGUAACGUCACGGUCUGUCCUGAAGAAUGUUCCACGAGCACUUGAGAAGGGUGCGUGUCCCGCCGGCUGGCUGCUUCUAGCAUCGCGCGACUCCUCUCUGCUCAGCGUCUGUCUAGUUGUUCCGUCUGCUGCGGAACGUAUGGAAAGUCCGUUAUUGUUCAAUUAGGUCUGUUUGUUCCUUCCAUUCUGUCAACUUUUACUUCACGUAUUUUGGGGCAUUUGGGCAAAUGUAUCUUCAUGAUUGUUAUGUCUUCUUGAUGGAUUCUUCUUUUUUUUUUUCAUUAUAAAAUGUCCCCCUUUAACUCGUGUCAAUUUUUUAUUUUAAGGUCUAUGCUGUUUGGUAUUAGUACAGGCUCCCCGGCUCUCCUUUGAUUACUGUUGUAUAGAUGGUGUAUCUUUAUCCACAUUUUUACUUCCUAUUUGUGUCUUGGAAUCUAAAGUUUGUUUCUUAUAGAUACCCCAUAUAGGUGUAUUUUAAAAUCCAUUAUACCUUU